GAUUUCCGGUUGUGGGGCGACGUCGUACGCAUAGCGCAUGCGCGGCCAAUAGGCCCCGUCAUCACGUCUCUUUAGCGCUACGUGUAUGUUAUAGAGCUGCGUGUAACAGAGCUGGUGCUAGUGAGUGUUGUACAGUCGGCGUUGUAAAGCUUCAAGUCAGACCGUUGUGAUGGAUCAGGUCAUGCAGUUUGUGGAGCCUGGGAGGCAGUUUGUGAAGGACUCCAUCAGACUGGUGAAGAGAUGCACUAAACCUGAUAGGAAAGAGUUUCAGAAGAUUGCCAUGGCAACAGCGAUUGGUUUUGCAAUCAUGGGCUUUAUUGGGUUCUUCGUCAAGCUUAUCCACAUCCCCAUUAACAACAUAAUUGUUGGUGGUUAAACCGUGCGCCGGAGACUGAAUUUCUGAAAUUCUGCCAUGCUGAGUUUAUUUGUAUAUAAAUUUAAGUAUUAAAACUUAUUUGUAAGAAUGUACCACACACAGUCUCUACCAACACUAUGUAUAAAAACUUUUUACAUAUAUCAAUGGUUUGUUUCUUUUUAACUGGUUUGUCCUGUAAUUAAGCAAAAUAUGAUACUCAGAAUUAUUAAAGAAUAAAUGACUGUAUUGUCAUUUAUUCAGAAUGGAAAAAAAAAAUCCUGCUAUUCACAUUAAAAGCCCUUUAUAACCUC